GCAAAAAAAAUUAAAAAGUGGGCAAACAUGGGCAAAAAAUGGACAAACGAUUAAGCUAUUCAAUUUUCGAAAAUUUUAUUUUAGUCGACCCAACUUCUGGUGCAUUCUUAUGAAUACAAAUGUUCCUUUAAAUCGAAUUUAAAACAUACAAAUUUGUAAGGGAAAUUAAUAUUGUUUCAAUUGAGGAUAUAUUUUUCAGAGGUUCAGAAAAUUUUUGUAAUAAACAGAGAUUUCAAUGUUGACAGCAUAUUCCAGAGUCAUGUUCAAUCCGGGUACUUUUUUGUGACUUGAGAGUGUUUUUUAGCAAAACACAAUCGGCUAAUUCCAAUACGUCGUUCAAAAUGAGGCCGCAUGUCGGUUUCGUCAUGGAAAAGAUCAAAUAGUUCAUUGAAAUUUAAAAUAGUUAUAAGUGUUCCCGCAUAAAAAAAAUUUCCAUCACUAAUCCGACUACAUGAAAGUAUGGCUCCGUUUAUACGUUAUUGCAUUUAGGGCCAAACUUAUUAUUAAUACAACAAAAAAUAACAAAGAACAUUUGGAGAACGAAGGCGGGAAAAUACGUAUUUUUAUUUUGUCAUUUGUUUGCAAUCAAAAUGUCUUGUUAAAACUGACAUUUGACAUGUACAUGUAUGAUCAAAUCAUCAAGACAGUCCUUGCUGCAUAUCAUAUGCUGCACAUUAUGACUAAAUAAACGUCUAAAAUUAUACCAUUCAACAUUGCCGAGGUUGUGCUUCUUUUAAUAAUGAUGUUAGAUUAUUUUUGUUCCCUUUACUGCUGUUUUAAUUGAUUAAGUUUGUUUUAAUAAAAGCUGUUUUCCCACGCAUAACACAUAUACUCGAGUUUGUUAUUUAUAACGGUCAAUCUGCAUAAUUGGGUUAACUCCAAUACCGAUAGGGAACUCGAGUAAGUUUAAAUCGGCUUUUAAACGAUUUCUUUCAGUUAGAAUCAAUGUGUGUUCUUGGUAAACUAAACUGGAAGAGGAUACCGCACGGAGCUUUUUUAAGAGGUCUGGACUGUUAGUUACCGACAGGCGCCCAUAGUUGAAAACAACAAAUGUCAACAUGUUUUCAAAAAUGCGACAUACGUCCAUUUGUGGUUGAGGGUCAACAAGUUGGUCUCAUUAAAUCAGAUGUUCUUAAGCAUCUCGAGAAGUAUCCUGAAGUAUUUUGCAUUCGUGACUGCGAGCAAACCAAACAGGGCUUGGUCGAGCUGAAUCCAGCAUUUCGGGACUACAACGAACGCACUGAGCAACUGGAAAAAGUUUUGCGUAACCUGCGUUCUGAGGGGUUGUUUCCCGCCUUACAGGGAUGGAGGGACGAGUACUUUGAGGUGAAAUCCGAGCGCAGGGCACUGCUAAAAAUGGAAAGAGCGGCAACUCCCCUCUUUGGUGUACGCAAGUAUGGCGUUGAUAUAAACGGUUAUGUACGGCAUCCGACGCAUGGAAUAUGCAUUUGGCUGCAGCAGCGUUCCAACACAAAAGAAACAUGGCCUGGAAAGUGGGACAAUAUGGUAGGCGGUGGACUAUCUGUAGGUUUUGGUAUUAAGGAGACCGCCAUUAAAGAGGCUGCUGAGGAGGCAUCAAUUCCAUAUGAUCUUGUCAAGAAUUUGGUGUCUGCAGGAUGCGUCUCAUUUUACUUUGAAAGCCGGCAAGGGCUUUUUCCCAACACCGAAUACGUAUUUGACUUGGAGCUGCCGCUGGACUUUGUUCCCCAGAAUUCUGAUGGAGAGGUGCAGGCCUUUGAGCUUCUCCCAGCCAAAGAGUGCGUGGAGCGUGUUUUCACUCCGGAUUUUAAGACAACUUCAGCGCCGGUGGUUAUUGAUUUCCUUAUCCGACAUGGGCACAUUACUGCAGAUGAUGGUAAAAUUGGUGGAUUUUACGCAAAUUGUUGAGCUCUUGCACGUGCCAUUACAGUCCCUUUACACUUACAGGGCGCGCCUGGAGCAGGCCAAGAAGCACCAGCAGAACUUGCCAGGCGAUGCCAGAAAUUGCCGCUGUGGAA